CUGAUAUACAUUUUUCUGUAUAUAUAUAUAUAUGGUAGAUCAAUUCCUUGUACCUAAUGCAAGGUGUUAGUUAUUCGGAAGUUCCAAUGGGUUUGUACUGUCUUAGAAUGAGAAUGGACUUAAAGUAACAGGUCCCAUAAGUGACAAGUAGUAGGAAGGACAAUAUUUUUUUCGGAGUCACUGUGAAUAUUGGAUUGAGUCUCUAGUGUUCCACCGACUUUGUUCAGAUUCUAUGCCUCUUACUUUCUCCAGCAACCCCAUUUUCUUUAUAAAACCAUGCUCCAUGUUGUCUUUGGCUUGUGGAAGUUGGCAGCAGGACAGGAGAUAAGUAAGAGCAGUUGUAGAAAGCUUUAGUGUCAGGUUGUGGAAUUGUACUGGAGAACAUAGGACAAUCAAAUUCCUGACUUCAGGACACAUGCUAGCAGCCUAAGAUCAAAGAAACGAGAACGCAAGAAAGGAGAAAUGUAUCAGCACCACCAGCAUCAAGGCAAGAACAUCCUUCCUUCUUCAAGGAUGCCUAUCCCUCCGGAAAGGCACUUGUUUCUGCAUGGCGGGAAUGGCUCUGGAGAUUCUGGGCUUGUCCUGUCCACUGAUGCAAAGCCACGAUUGAAAUGGACGUCAGACCUUCACGAUCGCUUCAUAGAAGCUGUCAAUCAGCUAGGAGGGGCAGACAAGGCUACUCCAAAAACAAUUAUGAAACUCAUGGGGAUUCCAGGACUUACCUUAUACCACCUCAAGAGUCACCUUCAGAAAUACAGGCUCAGCAAGAAUCUGCAAGGACAAGUUAAUAUUGGGGCUAAUAAAAUGGGUACUGCUGGAAUGGCAGGAGACAGAACAUCUGAAGCAAACGGAACUCAUAUGAAUAAUCUAAGCAUAGGGCCUCAAACAAACAACAAUAAUAUCCAUAAACCCAGAAGCUUGCAUAUAGGAGAAGCACUGCAGAUGCAAAUUGAAGUGCAGCGAAAACUACAUGAGCAGCUUGAGGUACAGAGACAUUUACAGCUUCGGAUCGAGGCACAAGGGAAAUACUUACAGGCAGUGCUGGAGAAAGCCCAGGAAACUCUAGGAAAGCAGAACUCAGGAUCCGUCGGGCUUGAAGCUGCAAAAGUUCAGCUUUCUGAGUUAGUUUCCAAAGUAUCCACCCAAUGCCUAAAUUCAGCAUUUUCAGAUCUCAAGGAGCUGCAGGGUUAUUGCCCCCAGCAAACACAAACAAACCCACCUGCAGAUUGUUCCAUGGAUAGCUGCCUGACCUCCUGUGAAGGGUCCCAAAAAGACCUAGAAAUACACAACAAUGGGAUGCGUUUGAAGAUCACAGAAGACCCAUUGUUGCCCCCGACUGAAUUAAAAUGGUGUGAAGAUAGGAUGGAGAACAAGAUGUUUCUGUCUUCCAUUGGCAAGGGUGGGGAAAGAAGCUCUGGUGAUUUAUCCAUGACUGUGGGGUUCCAUGGAGAAAAAGGAAAUGGAAACAGCAGCAGCUUCUCAGAGGGAAAAUAUAAAGGAAGGGAAGGAGAGAAUGCAAAGCUUUCGCAAGGAAACAGACUGCCUUACUUUUCAACAAAACUUGAUCUCAACGUCCGUGGAGAAAAUGAUGCUGCUUCAAGUUGCAAGCAAUUUGACCUGAAUGGUCUCAGCUGGAGUUGAGAGGGUUUACUAGGGUCAUUCAGAGAAUUCAGAAAUUGAAAAAUGGAAUAGUUUCAGGAUACGGCCAAACCCAGUUUUGAUCAGAUUGAAGAAGGUGAUACCGUUCUCUCAUUCAGGCUGACAAAAACAGCAUCAAAUCAACCUGAAUUCAAUAAGCAGCAGAAGUUGCAAGAUAGAUGAAUUUUGCUACUGGUAAGAUAGAUUCUCCAGUGGAAUAUAUUUUGUUUUUCUAUCUGAUGUAUAACAUUAAGAGCCGAUGGACAUCAAGGAAGAUGACUUGAUCUGAGUAGGAUGAACUUAGAUUGAAUUUUUUCUUUUUUCUUUGUGCCAUAAAAAAUGAACUCAGAUGCUGAAAUCUUAUUUGUUGUAAUAGGGAAAUGACCAAAUAAACUUACAGCUUAACC